GACUAAGGCACUUGUGCUGGACAUCCUUACUGCACUUUGCCUCAUAGAAGGCGGACAUAGUAAGGUGCUUCAUGGUUUCGAUAGACUUCGGCACGUGAUGGGCGAGGGUCUGCGUUUCGAACUACUUCUGACUCUAUUUCGCUGUCAUGAAGGUUUUGAUGCAGAACAGUACAACGCUGAUUUUCCGGUGGCUUGUGUUCAGUUCUUCAACAUCGUCGUCCACAGUCCUGAAAAUAUCAAUCUUCGCGUCUACUUACAACACGAGCUCUUCCUUCUCGGCCUGGAUGACACGCUCAAAAAGCUUCGUUACCGCUUUGACGAUCGUUUAAAGCAACAUGUCGAGGCCUACCUAGACAACCGCGUCGAUUGUUCCCUGUUAUUAGAAGAUGCUGAAGCUAAGGAGGCUGCUGUCGCUGAGCUCGAGAGAGUGGAGGCUGACUUGGUACAUAAACUGAACGCUGUCAAGGAAGCUACACGCGUCGAACUGGAGGCUACUUUCAGAGUCAGAGAACUGGAACUGUCAAACUUGGUGGAUUCUCUCCGGAUUCGUAUUCGUGACCUGAAUGUUUCAUCUUGGGACCGCGAAAAUGCAAUCAAGAAACGUAUGGAGGAGCUAAACCAGGCAUUGAAAGCCUCUCGAACUGAAGUAGCGUAUCUGCAAGCAGCAGUUGAGUCGAUCAAAUCGAAGUCUACCAACGUUGGUUCCGAGGUCCAUACUGCCUCAAUGGCGACGUCAACUAACUUCGAAGCAGAUGUGCCCGCAAGUUUGGACGCGAGUGAUUCCCACUGUGAACCUCCUCAGUUGGCAAGUCUAGGACUUGGUGCUCUCCGUUCGAAUUCUCUGGAUGUGGGUUGUUUGAAAGCAUCUCCUCAUUUGACCAAUGGUACUCCCCCUCCAGGUUUGCUCAUGGAGGACGACUUGAACAAAUGCUCAACUGAUCCAUCUGGGAAGAAUGUGAAUGGUCCACAAAAACCCGUACGAAAGCGUCCGCAGCCUGCUUCUCCCUUCAGAGGUUCACAGUUGAAAGCUGCUGACUGUCCCGUAAAAGAUUUAUCCGCUGUGCGGCAACUUGCCUUGAACGCCACCAGCGCCCUUUCUCAAUUGCUACAACGAACGUCCUUUAAAGACCCCGAUUCGUCUGCCAGUUUUGUUGUCCCACCGAUCGGAUGGAAGCCGAUCAACCGUCGUCAGUCUGUUAAGGACAGUAUUUUUGACGGUGCAAUAUUCCAAAAGUCACUGAAUUUGUAUCCGCUUAACGUCGGUUCUGAACGAGUGGAUGACCUAUGGGCCGUUUGUUCGGUGCACUUAACCGAACCCUGGUUGAGUGCUACCCAGCGGUGCGAAGCUGUAUUUGUCCGUCACUCAGACCUGUGUACGGCACACAGUGGACAGUCAAAUUCCUCGCGCUUCAUGUGGCUUGCUGAAAUGCAGCUUGUUCACUGUGAUAUCGUACAACAAUUAGUAUCCUCCGACAGUGUUCCGCUAUCCUCCAUUGCGGAUUGCGAAUUGUUUCGACAGUUGACUCGGUUCGAGCUGGAUUGUGUCGUUGCACAGCGGUUGUUGAAUCAAAUGAGAACCGAAUCAGAACUAACUUCCUCGGAUAUUCGAAGUGGCCUGUUCGCGUUGCUUGAAUCAGCAUUCGAACAAAAAUUCAUUUAUACUCGUCAAGCACUGGAAUUUUAUCCUACGGCUGCUGAGAACCGUUGGUUUCUGACGGCCUCUUUUCUGCACAUAAUUCUGUUGAAACAGUUGUGGCCAGCAGAACUCCAGCGCAUUACUGAAAGCCUGUCCGCGCUAUUGGCUGGUUGCAUGAGCAUUCUGGUGAACCCGAAGCUUCCGAUCAUCAUGCGCCUCAUUUUGGAAUGCGCCUCUCGUGUUACUGCCAACUGGAAUAUGGAGGGUUUUCAGUUACAAAGUCUGGAUGUUCUACUUGAUUGGACCUUAUCUGGCCUAACAGUUCACACAACCCCACUUCAACCGCCUGCCGACGGUGGACCACCGGCAUACUCCCCAAGUAUAGCCGUAAGUGAGAAAACAAGAAAGGCUUCAAUAUCGUUCGUGCAAUCAUUUGCUCUCCUGGUGAGUCGAGUGGCUCCAAGUAUAUUGGAUUGGCCUAGAGACCUCAGUCACUUGGAGGCAGCUUCCAGAGUUUCUAUCACGGAGAUCAUUGACCGCAUCGGGUUGCUUGAAGCGGUGUGUAAAGUAUGGCACACACUCUUGUCGUCUGAUUCUCGCCUCCGAGAGCUAGACACCGAAAUGCGCCCAACUACAGGUAGCCACCUGUCCUGUGAUGUCGUCAGCACCCAGCUGAUUCAAUUGCACCAAGCUGCCGAUUCCGUGGACGCGGUUGUUUUUUCAACUGCUCAUUGGCUUUUACAACUACCGUUACAGACACCCUCUCCAUCAUCUUCCAUGCAACGCGGGUGGUUAGCUCCUCUGGCUCGGUUCGCAACUGCUUUCGAACGCUGUGUUUCCGAAUUGGGCGAGAACCUUCAUGAUCUUUGCACUGCGGCUGAAAAAGGUGCUUCAGUCGACACGCCUCAUAUGCGUGAACAGCGCCGUCGUCGAAAUGAGCCUCAUGCACAUGGGGGAGGCAAACGUGAGCAUCGCCGUAAAAAACACCGCACGCGCCAACUGGAUUCGGACGGAAUUAUGGACGACAUACUUGCUGGUCUCACUUCUCAGCCGCUUCGAGCCGAUGUGCAUGUGAAAAGAACGGACUCAGCACCACCAAAGCAUUCUACCUG